CGCCCAUCCAGAAACCCUUGACUCUUUCUUUCUCCAUUACUUUGAAACCAUCAUGAAGGCUCUCAUUCUCGUUGGCGGUUUUGGCACUCGCCUUAGACCUCUCACUUUGACCCUCCCAAAGCCAUUGGUCGAAUUCGCUAACAAGCCCAUGAUUCUUCAUCAGAUCGAACACUUGGCAAAGGCUGGUGUCCGCGAUAUUGUCCUUGCUGUCAACUACAGACCAGAAAUCAUGGUGGCUGUUUUGAAGCAGUAUGAAGAAAAGUUCAACGUGAAGAUCACUUUCUCCGUUGAAACAGAGCCCCUUGGUACAGCUGGCCCUCUUGCUCUGGCACGCGAAAUCCUUGGAAAGGACGACAGUUGCUUCUUUGUUCUCAACAGUGAUGUGAUCUGCGACUAUCCCUUUGACAAGCUUGCCAGCUUCCACAAGGCCCAUGGUGGUGAGGGUACGAUCAUUGUCACCAAGGUCGAUGAUCCUUCAAAGUAUGGUGUUGUUGUCAACCACGCCAACUCCAGCAAGAUUGAGCGUUUUGUUGAGAAGCCCCAGACUUUUAUCAGCAACAAGAUCAACGCUGGUAUUUACGUGUUGAACCCUUCUGUUCUUGAUCGCAUUGAGCUCAAGCCUACAUCCAUUGAAAAGGAAGUUUUCCCUUUCAUUGCCGAGGAUGGUCAACUCCACACUUUCGAUUUGGAAGGUUUCUGGAUGGACGUCGGUCAACCCAAGGAUUUCCUCAUCGGUACCUGCUUAUACCUUUCCCAUUUGGCCAAGAACCAACCUGAAAUGCUUGCCAGCCCCAGCUGCGACUAUGUUCACAAGGGUAAUGUCUUGGUUGACCCUUCAGCUAAGAUCGGUAAGGACUGCCGAAUUGGUCCUAACGUUGUCAUUGGACCCAACUGUGUGAUUGGCGAUGGUGUUCGUCUGCAACGUUGUGUUAUCCUUGAAGGUGCCAUUGUCAAGGACUUUGCGUGGGUCCACUCCAGCAUUAUCGGAUGGCACUCUUCCAUUGGCAGAUGGUCCCGCGUGGAAGGCAACUCUGUCCUCGGUGACGAUGUCACUAUCAAGGAUGAGAUCUAUGUCAACGGUGGUUCUAUUCUUCCCCACAAGAGCAUAGCUGCAAAUAUCACUGAACCUCAGAUCAUCAUGUAAAUAGCGACUCCCCCCGGAUAAAAAAGAAAAAGUCACUCCCAUAUCGUACGUAUCCUGCCACCCCAUCCCAUUCCGCUAAUGUGGAAUAUUUUCUGGUUUUCCUUAUUAUUUCUUUUUCCAAAUAAAUCACACACAUUAUUAUAAUAAUAUACACAC